UUCCCCAAACGACCUACUCGAUUUGGCCCCUUGUACAUAGCCGACGGGGCGAAUUCCUCAAUCCGUUCUACAAACACGCCGAGCAUUGGAAUAUGGCCGCUCACUCUUCCUACUUAGUACACAACGAUGAUCGUAUUGACGACUCAGUUCCCAACGGAAUCGAACUAUCCACCUUUGAUGACACAAUAGAUCAGACUCAACAUACCGUUGAUAUGCUUCCCGCUUUUCUCCUCUCUCCCCAGCUGUUUCAUCUCUGGAGCGGAUUGUUUCUGAGGUGGGAGUGGCGUCUUCCCAAUUCGGACCGAUGCUCUUUGGAUAGCUUGUGCGAUUUGGUCCGCGGCACCCAAACCUUUAUGGCGCACCAGCGCCUUCUGAACAUUCGAAUAAGCCAGCUACAGAAGCUGCUCCGAAAACCGGUCAAUGAUGUUCCGGUGCAAGUUUCUGGAUCCGAUACGGAAUCCGAAGACAAUGACUCUUCAUCCGCUGAAUCCGCUGGUACUCCGCCAUCUCCAUACAUGGUUGAACAUCUUGAAAGCCACACGCGCCUUGCUGGUACUCGAGGUGACUUCCUCGGUGAUGUGACUACCGGAAGUCACACAGCCACCAAGAUAAGUUAUCUUACAACAGCUGACUCUAUUCUCCCCACAAACGCCAAGGAUGGCAACCCCAUGUGCGUCCCCAAUCUGUUGAACGGUGCUGUUUUCACUCCCAUAGGCCAGAAUGCAGCUGUCACAAUGGAUACCAAAACUAGUCCCCUUCCACUACUCUCCGCAAGACAACUGGCAAUCGAGUUGGACUCUGUUAGCGUGGAUUGGAGCCAGCUGAGCAGACGAGACGUCCCUUGCGCAAACUGCCGUACUCUAUUGGCCCUGACUGACCAUGCGACUCACUGUCACCGGUGCGGGCUUAAUGUGUGCUCCAAAUGCAUGCAUCCCACGGCGCACCACCUUGCUGGUCUUCUCCCUUCAGUGCUCUCCACAGCUUGGUUGUGCGAACGCUGUGUCACUCAACCCUUAGACACUAUAGCCGCCACAGAUGAUCGUGCGACACGUGGAGAUCAAUUACAUCCAUUCACAUACACCUGAUGAGAAUUAUUCGCUGCAGUUUUACUUGUCAGUGUUUUCUUCUUCCAUUCACGAUACAACGAUUCUUGAGGGUGCGCUUCCAUUAUCAAAUGCACUCAUCUGUCUUCCACUCAGCUCAGUGGUUUCAUACCCUCCGUUUCGUCACUGUGGUUGGCACUCCGAACA